ACUCUCUUGGAAGUUUUAGGAUAUUUCACGGUUCUGAAUGUUAGCAACUGAAAAUGCCAGUAGACGAUGAAGCAUCUGAAGAUGACUCGGAUUCAGUUUCCUCAAACAGUCAAAGAAACUUUAUUUUCAAAUAAGAGAAUAUAACAGUUUCUGUACACUAUGGAAAAUUUUGAGUUGGUGAAAACCUUACACAAAACUUCAUCUUCUGUAGAAUAUGAUACCAAAAAUUUUCCCCAUUCUCUUGGACAGAACUUAAAUACUAAUAGAAGUAGUCCCCACCUUAGUACAAAUGGGGUAUCCUCUUUCUCAGGGAAGACCAGACCAUCUGUAAUUCAAGGUACAGUUGAAGUCCUGACUUCUUUAAUGCAAGAGCUGCAAAACAGUGGAAAGACUGAUUCAGAACUUUGGAAAAACUGUGAGACCAGGUGGUUACAACUAUUCAACUUGGUGGAAAAACAAUGCCAGGAACAGAUAGCGGCCCAGCAGGAGCAGUUCCACAACCAAAUACAACGUAUACAAGAGGAGAUCAAAAAUUUAGUCAAAUUACAGACCAGUAAUGCUUCCUGGGCUUCUUGUGAUGGAAGUUCUUCAUGCAAACAAGUAUCUUCAGAGAGUCAAAUGGGUUUUUUCCCUGAAAACAGUGAGGGAAAUGAAUCUGUUCUCAGUUACCCUAAAUCUAAAGAACCUGAAAUGCAUCAAGAAACAUCCUCAUCACAAGCAGACUCUAAUGUGGAUAGUAGUUCAGUAAGCAGUGGAUAUGGUACCUUUUGUAUCUCGGAAUUAAAUACAUACAAACCCAAAGACCCUAAAGAGUUUAUGGAGCACAGAGAUGUUUCUAAAGGACCAUAUGUAGCACCUAUGGUGCAGCCAGAUUCACUUGCAGAUGGUAUGAAAAACAAGAGUUUUUAUAUACAGACUACUGAAGAGUUUGGCGCAUGUUUAAAGGAAGAUAUUUCCAUUUGUCCUGGUGAAUUUGAACAUAAUUUUUUUGGGGAAAAUAAGAUUUCUGAAGUAUAUAGUGGAAAAACAAAUAGCAAAUCUAUAACAUCAUGGGCACAAAAGCUGAAGCAGAACCAACCAAAGAAAGCACAUGUAGAAGACGAGUGUUCAAGAUCUAAACAAGGAAAUGAACAAAACAAGAAACCACCAAUUGAGAGAUCAGAUUUUGCUGCUGUUCUACAUCCUCCUGCUUUUUACCUCAGUAAGCCAGAUGAAACUCCAAAUUCUUGGAUGUCUGAUUCAGGAACAGGACUGACUUACUGGAAACUAGAGGAGAAGGAUACAUACCACUCUUUGCCUGAAACCUUAGAGAAGACUUUUGUACCAUCACCCUCCGCAGAUAUGUCACCAAGCCAGUCUAAUACUAGUAAUGAGAUGAAGCUACCAUCACUGAAGGAUAUUUAUCAUAAAAAACAAAGGGAAAACAAGCAGUUACCUGAGAGGAAUCUCACUUCUGCUUCCAACCCAAAUCAUCCUCCAGAGGUACUGACUCUAGAUCCAUCGUUACAUAUGAAGCCAAGUCAGCAGAUUUCUAGGAUUCAACCACAUGACUUUUUGAAUGCCCUUGAUGACAGAAUAUCCUUUUCACCAGACUCUGUUCUAGAACCUAGUAUGUCUAGUCACUCUGACAUAGACUCAUUUUCACAAGCAAGUAAUAUUGCUUCUCAGUUAUCUGGAUUCCCAAAAUAUCCUUCAAAUACAAAAGCUUCACCGAUGGACUCUUGGAAAAAUCAUACAUUCCAAAAUGACAGUAGGACCAGUUCCACGUUUCCUUCUGUAUAUACUAUUACUAGCAAUGAUGUCUCAGUCAACACUGUAGAUGAAGAAAACACUGUCAUGGUAGCUUCAGCCUCAGUUGGUCAGUCUCAGCUUCCAGGUACAGCCAACAGUGUCCCAGAAUGCAUUGCACUGACUUCCUUGGAAGAUCCUGUGAUAUUGUCUAAGAUUAGGCAGAAUCUAAAGGAAAAGCAUGCUCGGCAUAUAGCAGAUCUUCGAGCUUACUAUGAAUCAGAAAUAAGUAGUUUGAAGCAGAAGAUGGAGGCAAAAGAAAUUUCUGCAGUUGAAGAUUGGAAGAAAACCAAUCAAAUUCUUGUGGACAGAUGUGCCCAAUUAGAUAGUGCUUUGAAUGAAGCUACAAGUCACAUGAGAACACUUGAAAAUAAGAAUAACUUACUGGAAAUAGAAGUGAAUGAUUUGAGAGAACGCUUCUGUGCAGCCAGCAAUGCCUCCAAAAUUUUGCAGGAACGAAUUGAGGAAAUGAGAACAAGUAAUAAAGAAAAAGACAAUACGAUCAUUCGACUAAAGUCUAGACUGCAGGAUUUAGAAGAAGCAUUUGAGAAUGCUUACAAACUCUCAGACAAUAAAGAAGCUAGAUUAAAACAAGAGAACAAAAUGUUUCAAGAUCUAUUAGAAGAAUAUGAGUCCCUUGGAAAAGAACAUGGACGAGUAAAGGAUACAUUAAAUACAACUGAGAAUAAAUUGCUUGAUGCACAUACUCAGAUUUCUGAUUUGAAAAGAAUGAUUUCAAAACUUGAAGCUCAGGUCAAGCAAGUGGAGCAUGAAAAUAUGUUAAACCUUCGUCAUAACUCUAAAACUCCCAUGAGACCUUUGCAUGCCAACACGCUUGCAACUUCAGACGUCAGCAGGCGCAAGUGGCUAAUUCCAGGUGCAGAGUAUUCCAUUUUUACUGGCCAGCCUUUGGACAUCUCAGACAGUAGAGUAAAUGACCAGCUGGAAGAAACCUGUGUCCCUGGGUACCAUUCCCCUCCGGAAAAGGAUUCUUCACCUGGAAGUUUACCAACAAGCUUGUCGAUGAAAAACCAAAGAGAAACCUCAGAUGUACCAAUCAUGAAAGCUUUGCAAGAACUUGAUGAAAAAAAAAUAUUAAAAAAUUGGGGGACACAAACAGAGAAAGAAGACACCUCAAAUAAAUCAGUGAAUCCUCGCCAAACUGAAACUUCAGUCAAUGCAAGUCGUUCCCCAGAGAAAUGUGCCCAACAGAGACAAAAGAGAUUUAAUUCUGCCUCACAGAGAUCAUCAUCUUUACCACCUUCAAAUCGUAAAUCAAGCACUCCAACAAAGAGAGAGAUUAUGUUAACACCAGUGACUGUGGCUUAUAGUCCAAAGAGAUCCCCUAAAGAAAAUUUGUCUCCAGGAUUUAGUCAUCUACUUAGCAAAAAUGAAAGCAAUCCAAUUCGAUUUGAUAUACUUUUGGAUGAUUUAGAUACUGCUCCUGUGUCUACAUUACAACGUACCAAUCCAAGAAAACAACUCCAGUUUCUUCCUCUAGAUGACUCGGAAGAAAAAAAGUAUUCAGGAAAAGCUACUGACAACCAUGUUAAUCAUAGUUCUUGCCCCGAACCGUUGCCAAAUGAAGUGAAGAAAGUAUCUGUGAAACCAUCCUGGGAGAAGAAUAAAUCAGUUAGCUAUGAACAGUGUAAGCCUGUUUCAGUCACGCCACAGGGUAAUGAUUUUGAAUAUACAGCAAAAAUUAGGACCUUAGCUGAAACGGAACGAUUUUUUGAUGAACUUACAAAAGAAAAGGACCAGAUUGAGGCAGCUCUAAGCCGGAUGCCUUCUCCUGGAGGACGAAUCACUUUACAGACAAGAUUAGAUCAGGAAGCCUUGGAAGAUCGUUUGGAAAGGAUUAAUCGAGAACUGGGUUCAGUUCGCAUGACACUAAAGAAAUUUCAUGUUUUGCGUACCUCUGCAAAUCUUUGAGAUUUGUAGCCAUUAAAUUUUGAGACAUUUUGUUUGCACUAAUGUAUAAUUAUGCACUCAGAAAAGGCAAACUAUUUUGUACUAUUUAUAAGCCUUCAAACAGUAGUUUUACAAUCAUGCUAUUCUUACACUUGCUAUUUUAUACUAUAAAAGGUCACAUAUUUUCAAGAUAUUUUUGUUAUGCUCAGGAAUCUCUUGUAUAUUUUACUAUUUAAAAAGUAUUAUUUUAAAAUAGUAUAUGUCUUCAAUUUAUAUCAAGAAUAAGGAAAUGUAAACAGGAAGCUGUUUCUGAACAAAUAGUGUUACCCUUUUAAGAUUAACUUUGCACACCAAUUUUAUAAACUUGUUCUACAUUGUAAAUAUGAUUCAUUUUUUAAAAAUAAAGCUGAACAGCUUCCAUA